AAAAAAAAAACCUGAAGAAUUCUUCUAGAGCUCAAGAAACAAUCUGACAAGUUUGUAACAUUUCACUGAAACCAGAAGCAGAAUCAUAAUGGACUGAAGUCUCUAUCAGGCCCUUAAAACAUCUGUAGCUUCGUUUAAAAUGACUAGGGUGAAAUACAUCAGCUUACGGAAAAUGGGCAGAUCUUCCAGGAGUUGGCCAGUGUUCUAGGUGAUGGGUGCUGAUGAGCAAUUCCCUUAAACAACUGAUUUACUGCCAGCAGAGAAAAACACUGGAAGCGCAUCCAAAAACUCAUUAGCAAUUGAGAUUACAAGGGUAGCCAUUCUGUCCACCUUCUCCUCCCUUACCAAGGAGGUGACCCUGUUCUUGGCAACCACAAAGGCCACAGAAGAACCCUUCCUUCCCUAAACCCUUUUCUUUUGCCCAAGAGUCUCUAUAAAAUCUGCCUUACUCUGUUUUCCAAUCGUUUUCUCUCUCCCUCGUUUUCUUUCUCUCCUUCCUUCCCUCCCGGCUUCUCGCAAGCGAGACAAAGUCAGGCACAGGCGGCGGGCCCAUGUAUUCGCUGACACCAUCUGCCACCUGCGAUUCAUCGCCACUUUCCACCUCCCGGAGGUGAGAGGGGCGGGAGGCCAAGGACACGCAGAGCUUGUGUGACCCAGUUUUUAGGAAACUUUCAGUUGGUCGCAACCCUUCCCCCACCCGAAACUCUUCAAUCAUCCAUCAAGCCAGAAAAGCCAGAAAAGUGAUCUCUGCCUAUCCUUGGAGUUGGAAAAGAGGCGAAGCAAAAAAAACAAGAGGUUCGCCCUAUUCCUUUCCCCCACCACCCAGCAGCGGCGGGCGCAGAGCAGCGGUGCGGCCAGAAGGGGCCGCUCUGCGCUCAUAGCAGCGGCCCUACCACCGCCGUCCGCACCUCCCACGGCCGGGCUGGCCCAGCCCCGCCAAGUUCCAACAGCCCCUAGUCGAGCGAGCGCCGGGAACGAGCACCGCCCGGGCAGAAGCACACGGCGCAGACCAGCCAGACUGAGGCGCGCGGCGGGAAGGUUCCGGCGAAACUCUCACCAGCCAGGGACUUUGGAAACAAGCGAGCGAGCGGUCCCCGCGCGCGCGAGUCCACAAGUGAGCUCUUAGCUCACCUGUUUCUGCCGCGCCACCGCCUUCCCACCCCUCGGACCCUCGCCUCCCGGGUUGCCGGCCCGCUCCCGCGAUGAAUCCGGCACUGGGCAACCAGACCGACGUGGCCGGCCUGUUUCUGGCCAACAGCAGCGAGGCGCUGGAGCGCGCCAUGCGCUGCUGCACCCAGGCGUCCGUGGUGACCGACGACGGCUUCGCGGAGGGCGGCCCAGACGAGCGCAGCCUGUAUAUCAUGCGCGUGGUUCAGAUCGCCGUCAUGUGCGUGCUCUCGCUCACAGUGGUCUUCGGCAUCUUCUUCCUGGGCUGCAACCUUCUCAUCAAGUCCGAGGGCAUGAUCAAUUUCCUGGUGAAGGACCGGAGACCGUCUAAGGAGGUGGAGGCGGUGGUCGUGGGGCCCUACUGACCGGCCCCCGGCCCCCGCGGCAGCCGCCCUUCGCCUCCCCACUUCGCCAGCCCGGCCGCGCCCCCUCACCAUGCGAGACUGGGCGAAGCAAACCUGUCGGAGUCAGUUUUUUUCUCUCGACUUCUGCCUUUCGGGAUGAAGCGAACCCGUUUAUCGCUCGCCCUCUGAAAGUCCCCAGGCCUGGCAGUAGAAGAGAGCCCUGACUCUGGACUCAGCAGCAAGUGGCAAGAGAAGGCGAUUAGGGCGCAGAACUUGGGAAGCUGCCGCUAGCGCAGAAUGCGGGGACACCGACCCAGGCCAAGGCCCCUUUCCACCCGCAGGUGACCAAGCUCGGGGGGGCAGGUGGAGAGGGCGGGCAGGCGGAGACCAACGGCACCUAUUGCCUGGUGACCGGAAAAGUGACCCGCAUAUAUUCUACUUAACCGAACUAACGGAGACACGCAAACCGUGUCCGGGUUCGCGCCCAUUCCCUCCCGCUCCUUGCAGCCCUGGCAGGACAGGCGAUAAAUACCUUUGAUUGAUUGUAACGUGCCGUUUUAAGGGAUUUUGUGUUUGUUUGCUUGAAUACAAGUAUUUGAUAAGUCUUUUUUCGCCCUAGUGGCCUGUUUCCCUGCCUGGGGGUUAGAGUUUGUGUUAGGGGAAGGGGUGGGGGGAAGGGGAGCCUGCGAAUGUGAAUGGGGUGAGUUGUUUCUUUUAUUGCAUUUCCAACUGGGUCUUUGGGAGGGGGAGUGGGAAGGGGGUGGGGACUGGCACUCCAGCUGGCCCCGGGGCAAAGAUCCGGGAUAGAACUCCUAGCUCGUGACUGCACGGUUUACACCACAAAAGUGCUCUUGACAUUGGUGACACCGUUUUGACUUUUUUUUCUCCUUAUUUAAAAUUUCCUUAAUAAAUGCAACGUUUAAGUGUUUUUUUUU